CAUGUGGACUGUGUUAUCCUUGAUGAUGGUGGAUUUCUUUUGAUGUCAAAUCGGGAUGAAUAUACACAACAGAUUGGAAGAUUCUUUGGUGAAAUUGAUCCUGGCCUGAUGCGAAACCUGAUCAACAUGUCCCUGUAUGCCUUUAACAAGUCGUAUGACUAUCAAUCGGUCUGUGAUCCUGAAGAAGAACCAAAGCAAGGAGCUGGACUUCGUUCUGCUUAUGUGCCUACGAUAACAGAUAUUUUGCAUCUAGGAUGGUGGGCUUCGGCAGCUGCCUGGUCUAUCUUACAGCAGCUGUUUUUGAGCUUGACUUUUCCACGUUUCCUUGAAGCAGCUGAUAUGGAAGAUGAUGAUUUCAGUGCCGCCCUGCCUAAAACAAGCUGUAUCACUGAGCAAACUCAGUAUUUCUUUGAAAAUGACGAUAAAUCCUUUGGUGGGAUAGUAGACUGUAUAAACUGCUCCAGACUUUAUCAUGCAGAGAAGAUUUCAAACACCAAUCUAGUAUUCAUUAUUAGUGACAGCCAACUGCUGUGCCGCUCCUGUGACCCAAAGCCACUGAUGCAAGCAGAGAAGCCGGAUGAAGGGCCAAAUCCUUGUGAAAUGGUCAAACAACCUAGAUACAGAAAGGGUCCUGAUGUCUGUUUUGAUGAAGCCAAACAGGAAGAUUCAGCCGACUGCGGUGGUGUCUCUGGUCUGAGUCCAUCACUGUGGUCUAUGGUAGGAAUUCAGUUCAUCCUGCUUUGGCUGUUAUCUGGCAGCAGACACUGCCAGUUAUGACCUUGCUAAACCAAAACCUGCAUAACUUAAUCAAGACCUGGCCAAAACGAUAGCCUCAGUUUCAUUUUAAAAAGGGUCAGCUAUUCAGACAGCAGCAGAACAGCAGUGCUUGUGUCUGGUUAUCACUCGUUGUGAGACUCAAAAAGGCACCCACGGUGGCUGCAUGUUGGAGUGUCGGAUCCUUAAACGUGUGUGAAUGCUGCAUCAUCUAUGCCAUCCGAACAUAAUUCUGUAUGUGCUCCAUUGGGGAAUCUAAGAUUAUUAUUUUUUUGUUUGUUUGUUUGUUCUUGUAAUCUUGAUGACUUCAUGUAAAAGGGCUCCCCUGACAAUAGCUUAUGCAUAUGAUUUUCAUUUCUUUUAAGCUUUGGAUAUCUUGAAGAUUUAUAUUCUUCUACAUGAACAGUUAUUUUAAA